UCUGUGUUGACGCUCAAUAUGCGAAAGCCGCCGUCACAUCGCUACGUUGUUCCUGUCUCUCUCUCACGCACAUGCUGUACUGUAAGGUACCGCCUGCCUCCAGACCUGAGAGCUCACACACCUGUUCUCUCUCUAGCUCCUCUCUCUAGCUUCACUCUCCCUUUCUCUUACACACAUUCACAUGCUCCCAGAUUCAUUUAUCUGCCACUUGUUGACUCUUCGUUUCGUUUGAUCUGGUGUAUUGGAUAACGCUCGGCCUUUUCACUACAGUGAAAAACCUCCUUGAACCAAACCUGUUUGAGGACUGAAGAUCUGCAUGAAACAAGAGCUCUCCAAAGCUCAAGCACCCUCCAAUGUGUCCAUGAGUCCUUGAAUGAUUGAGCCACCUUCCUAUCUGAAACAGCAAGAGAUAAUGGAGGAUUCCACAGAGGUGUGGACUGAUGGCAACUCCCUUCUAAAGGCGGUUUAUCUCUGCCGUUUGCGGCUAACACGUCUGCUCCUGGAAGGUGGGGCUUAUAUUAAUGAGAGCAAUGAACGUGGAGAAACACCACUGAUGAUUGCCUGCAAAACUCAUCAUACUGAUGCUCAGAGUGUGCCCAAACACAAAAUUGUCAGGUAUCUGCUAGAGAAUGGUGCUGACCCAAAUAUCCAGGACAAAUUGGGUAAGACUGCUCUAAUGCAUGCCUGUGUGGAGCGAGCUGGGGAGGAGGUUUUGUCCCAGCUGCUGUCCAGUGGAGCUGACCUGAGUUUAGAGGACCACUCUGGUUCCUCCGCAUUAGUGUAUGCUGUUAAUGCUGGUGAUAAGGAAGCUCUGCGAGUGUUGCUAGAUGCCUAUAAGGCCAAAGGCAAGGAGGUCAUUAUUAUUACCACAGAUAAACUCCCCUCUGGCAGACAAAUGACCAAACAGUAUCUCAAUGUCCCUCCACCACCAGAUUUGGAAGAUCGGUUGCAUUGUGUUCCUGCUGUUUGCAUGUCACCCUCAGAAAUUAAACUCUCACCUUCUCAUGUCUCCUCUUAUUCAAACCUGUCACCAAAUGCCCAUUUACACCUGGCAGAAAACCAACCAAAGGGUUCUACCUCUGCAAGCCCUGCUAAUUCAAGGGCAGGAUCACCUACACAGGCACCAAGUCCAUUGCAAGCAGCUGGCAUAGCCAAGCUUCUUCAUCUUCAAAGGCUACAUUCAGAGCCAUGGCUAAAGAUCCCACCAUCCCUGUUGCUCCAGCAAAGCAAGGCCUCAUCAUUCACAGAGGAGCUCCUAGACAUCACCCCUGAAGAAGAGCUCUCUUUUGGCUUUAACAGCCAUCGUCGUUUGUCUCAAAGAGCACCACCAGUUGCGCGUCAUCAAAGCAUAGAUGCCACUGGUCUGUUCAAAGUCUUGGACAAACCAACUGAAGCAGAGAAAGAUCAAAAAAAGGAGGAAAAGUGGCUAAGCAGGAAAAUGUCCAAUGAUGGUGCUUCACUGCCACAUUCUGCCUCACACCAGAACCUGCUUAAAGAAGCCUCAGGUAGCGAGACCAUUCCUAUGGAUAAAGACCCAGACUGCCUGCCUAACCUGGCUGUGUCCAGCCUGCAGGAUGUAGUGCGUCGCCGCAACAUUGGGAUGGAUCACUACAGCUCAGACUCCCAGCUACCUCAGUUUGGGAGUCCACACUCAGACGAGCAUAACAAAGCUGGCACGGUGGGAGGAGGGGGAGCAGAAAAGCGUAAGCUAGUUUACAGCCGAUCCUCCACCCUGUCUGGCUCAAGGGAGUCUUUGGAAAGCAUAGUCCAAAGGAGAAGCCCAGCAAUGAUGGAACGUAGAGGAUCUGGGGCUCUUCUGUUGGAUCAUAUCGCACAGACAAGGCCAGGCUACCUGCCACCACUAAACCCACAUGUGCCCAUUCCAGAUAUCAAAGUUAACAUCACCAGCACUGGCCUUGAUCGGGGACCCAAACCUGCUCUGUCCACUGCAGCUGGAAUUGUAACCAUACCUGUUGCUCCUGGACAAAAGCAUUUUGUGCCCUGUGCUCCUAGCCUUCCACGAGACCAGAAGACCAAAAAGACUCUCCUGAGAAGACAUUCCAUGCAAACAGAGCAGAUUAAGCGCCUAGCCAAUUUUGGGGAGAUUUUUGGACAAUAAAGUGCAUUAAUGUACAUUUGUACAUUGAUGGAUCAGUCAAUGUUCACAUGAAGAAAAUGGUGUGUGAAUAUU